ACAAAGAUAAGAGUCUAUUUGAACAUUUAGAACAGUAGAGAAUAUAAUGAAUCCCUCCCUUUUUUCCUCGGCCAGUGUUCAAUUUGGCGGGAACAAAAAUGAGCUCAUCUGGGAUUGAGCCGGAAUCUCCCGAUCUAGUCUGCCAACUUGACAACGUUCAAGGCGUCGUCGAUGCACUCACUUCCGUUCGAUGGAAAAAACAACAGCAUGCAGUUCUGGAGCUAUCGGAACACGGCAUAGUGUUAAUUGUUGAGGAAACCGCUUGUCUUCAGGCCAAAGUUUACUUGCAACGAGAGUUAUUUGUUAAAUAUGAAUAUAGCGCAGAAGGGAGGCCGCGUUUUGGAGUGAGCUUAGGGUUAUUUGUUGAUUGUCUGAAUACAUUUUCAGUUCAAGGACAUUCAAGUGCUAUUGAGAUACGCUAUCCUGGUCCUGAUAUGCAGCUUCUUCUCAAGUCUGUUGAAUCUUCAGAUUCUUGUACUUAUGCGGAGAUCAGAACAAGGAUUCCUGAUACAAUAUCAUGGGACUACAAUUUUGAACCUGCUGGAAGCACUCCUCUCAGUUUUACUGUGAAGUCUGCAGCUCUAAAGGAAGCCAUUGAUGACCUUGAGUGGCCAGGAUCAAGUAUUUAUCUAAUCCUACAGCCUUCACCACCAUCGGUCACCUUUAGAGGUGAAGGCCAUGGUGACUUACAGAUUGACUUUAUGUGCCAUGCAAACACCGAUCUUCUGGUUGCAUUU